UUCUGAUGUGAUUGUAACCUCUACAGAUACUCUGACAUCAUCGUGCAUCGGCUGCUGGCUGUAGCCAUUGGAGCAGACAGCACUUACCCAGACCUGAUGGACAAACACAAGCAGUCUGCCCUCUGCAACAACCUCAACUACAGACACAAGAUGGCCCAGUACGCACAGCGAGCCUCUGUAGCCUACCACACACAGCUGUUCUUCAAGAGCAGAGGCAUCCUGAACGAAGAGGGCUUCAUCCUGUUUGUGAGGAAGAACGCCAUCAUCGUCCUCAUCCCUAAGUUUGGUCUGGAGGGAACGGUGUUCUUUGAGAACAAAGAUAAACCCAGCCCCAAACUGAUCUUCAACGAAGAGGCUCCUAGUCUGACGGUGGAGGGCCACUCCUUCAACAUGUUUGACAAGGUCAAAGUGACCAUCAGUCUGGAUGCGUCCAACGUCCAGCACCAGAAGAUAAGGAUGUCCCUGGUCGAACCUGUGAUCUCUGGAGUGAGUGUGGCACCGUCUGAACCAGAACCAGAGGUCAAGAGAGCUAAACUGGACCGUUGAACAACACCAUCCUCAGACUGAAACUUUUCUCCGAGCUCAGUUUAGAGUUAUUUUAGCGUUUAGCGUUCUUUUUUCUACAUUACAAUCACAGAACAUCCUGUGGUUAAUAUGUUUAUGAUUUUAAAACCUUUAGUCAGAAGCUUUUUUCCUUGAAUGUCAUCUUUCCAGGUAAAUGUUAAUGGGAUGCCAGUAACCUAUAGAAUGUUAAUGGGAUGCCAGUAACCUGUAGAAUGUCAUCUUUCCAGGUAAAUGUUAAUGGGAUGCCAGUAACCUGUAGAAUGGGAUGAUAUACUGUGGCAAGACAUAAUGAUAUAUUGUAUUUCUAGUCCUGACCCAUGGGGUUUGUACGGUCUAUUCUGGAAGGAAUGUUACCUUGUACAACUCUCAAUAAAGCUCUUGGUUUUAGCCAAUAUUCCUUUUCUCA